AUGGGCGUGUUACCUGUUCAUUACGAUAAAGCAACUAUUAAAGAAUUGACCAAAGAACUAUCAAUAGGUGGUAUACAAGGUGCAAUUUAUGGUGCUAUGAUCUCAAUAUCAACAGGGUUUUUGUUAAAAAGAUUCAGUACAGUAUAUCGUAAUGUGCGUGCUCAAGUGCGUGUCUUUUAUCAUUGUGCAUGGAUAUCAAUGGGAUCUGUUUUUGUAGCAGACAAACAAUUAAUUAAAUUCCAAGAAAAAUAUUAUGAAAAUGAAUAUCAUAGAAGACAACAGGCUCUAGAUAUUGCUGCUGAUAAGGGUUUAUAUUUAGAUGAUCAAGAUGUUGUAAAAUCUACUACUACAGAGGGUGUUCAUUAUGACUAA